AUGGCGGCGGCAGCUCCCUCCCUGCCCGGCAGCGCUUCGGGGCUGGGGCAGCCCGAGCAAGCCUCCUGCUUUCUUUCCGGGGAGAAGAAAUCGCCCAGGGCUGCGAGCUGCUAUAGUGUAGGUUUUAUGCAUGUCUCUGUGGGUACUCAGUAAAGAAACUGUAUGUGCAGGAUACAUCACCUCAGUGAAUAAGUGUUCCAGGUGGACCCAAUAGAUUCCUUCAGUGCAGUCCCUUACUGGCUUCUGAAUCCAAGAAAACAAAACCAAAAGUUCAUUGGCAAUGUUUUACAGAAGUUUUGUGAACUGAAUACAAACUAGAAGCUGUGGAUGCCCCAUCCCUGGAGGCGUUCAAGGCCAGAAAUUGUGAAAUUAUCAGGGCUUCUGUUGGCAUCACUGUUGGCUUGGUACACGGGAUACUUAUUCGCUGGUCUUUUAUCCGAAGACUCAAUGUCAACAUCUAUCAGUUAUCUUCAAGACAUUGGAAAGAAACCAGUGUUGAAGGCUCCAGUUCCCAAAAGGCAAAAAUGUGAUCACUGGUCUCCCUGCUUACCUGGGACCUACGCCUAUCGGGUUCGUAGUGGCGGUGGCAGAGAAAAUCUGGCUAAAAUCUGUUUUGAGGAUGAGCUGAUUAUAAGUGAAGAGAAGGGUAAUGUUGGAAGAGGUAUAAACAUUGCCAUUGUGAAUUAUAAAACAGGAAAAAUGAUAUCAGCAAAAUUUUUUGACAUGUGGGAAGGAGAGCACUCAGAAGAGAUGGCGACUUUCAUCAAAAAUGCACCACAAGGAUCCCUGCUUUUGAUGGUGACUCAUGAUGAUGGAAGCACCCGGUUAAAAAGUGAUGUCAAAACAUUGAUAGAAGCCCUGGGAAGUAAAGAAAUACAGAAUAUGAAGUUCAGGUCAAGCUGGGCUUUUAUAGCUGCCAAAGGCUUCAAGCUGCCAGAUGAUAUCCAAACAGAAAAGAUAAACCACUCUGACAAUAAGAAGAACAGAUACAGUGGCUGGCCAGCUGAAAUUGUGAUAGAAGGCUGUAUCCCAAGAAACUUGAUCUGA